AUGGGAGGCGUGGGCAAGUCUUGCGCGCUGAAAGGGCUUGCGACCGAUGCAGACGUGCAAGAGCACCUCUCCGGUGGGAUAUACUGGAUCGUGCUGGGCAAAGACUGCACUGAGGCAGAUGUCGUGCGUCGUGUGGCACGUAUUGCGAAGCAAAGUGGUGGGGUCAAGGUUGCAAAGUCUGUGCUUGAAGAAGAGAGUAUUGACGGCGCGGUGUCCGAGGCGAGGCGAUGGUUCUCCGGCCAAAGGAGCUUGCUGCUCGUCGAUGACGUGUGGGACAAGAACGAUGUGGGCCGCGAUAUUGUGCGACGAUUAUGCGAGAUUGUUGAUACCAAAAAGGGCAGCCGUUUGGCUUUCACAACGCGUGAUUGGAGCGUUGUGGGCAACAGCGAGGCCGUUGAGUUUUCCAAAAGAAGCCGAGAAGUGUCUCGCGAGAUCUUGCUUCGGUCUGCAGGACUAGCAGAAGAAGAAGUGAAAGACUACCGAGAAUUGGUGAAUAAGACGUUAGAUUUAUGCGGUGGACUCCCCAUGGCGUUAUCUGUUGCUGGUAGCGCGAUCAGCAUGCGUAGGAGGAAUGCUCGCGACGUUAAUUUAAGAGAGAUAUGGAAUGAAUAUUUGCGUCUGCUCGGAAAGCAUCCAGGACGCCUUAUUAAUGGUAAAGUAAGUUGUGACGCCUACGAGACUCUGCGAUCAGCGUUUGAGACGUCACUGAAGAUGCUCGACGAGACGCUGCUUUCAGAGAUUGGAUGCCCGAUGACGUAUGACGAGAUGUAUCGCUCUGUUGUUGUGAUACUCCGCCAAGGGUGGUUGCCCGUGAGCGUCCUUGGAUUGCUGUGGGGACUUGAAGACGAAGACGAAGUGACUGAAGUACUGAACGUGUUUUCGGCAGGAAGUUUAGCAGAACGAAGAGAUAGGAUUUUGAACGGGAGCCAGUGUCCUGGAAUUACACUUCAUGAUCUCCAGCUGGACUUUGUGGAGGACAAAUGCAGGAAGCAUGGGGAAGUAAAGAAGUGGCACGAAAAGAUUGCACGCCGCUGGCAAUCGAAGAGAUAUUUAGGUGCAGGUGCAGGGAGCGACAGAUGGGCCAAGGAUGAUAUAUUUGAAGAUGACUAUGUGCGAAACAAUGUCAGUCGUCAUUUGCUCGGCGCAGGCCAUGUAGUAGAUUUGAGUGAGUUACUGACAGAUCCGGAAUGGGUAGUGAGAAGGCUGGUUGGCAGGGAAAUUUUGGGACUUGAAGGAGACUUUGGAAUUCUACGACACCAGUUGGAAGAAGGAAACGACAACAAGAUGGAGCGCAGAAGUACGUCGUGGUCGCUGAAGAUGAUUGCAGAGGCGGCGCGAUUAUGCGCACCGUUUGUGUCGCAAAACACUGAAGAAGUCUGGUUUCAGUUGCACGCACGGCUGAUCGAUGUUGCUGACCACUCGAAGUUAUUACAGAAAUACAGCGCAGACAUUGAGAAAUAUGCGGACAAGCCCUGGCUGAGGGCCAUGAGGCCCUGCUUGAGUGCUCCAGGUGUUCUGCAAUUCAUACUACUAUGCAGCGGAAGGGUGUACGGACUUAGUGCAUUUCAGGGAAAGGAAAACAUACUUAUUUGGGGACGAAGCGCGAAAGGCGCCUUUGUUGAUACUUUUGUAAGUGGAGAGUUGAAGGAGAGCUCAACACUACAAAGACAGCAGAAUGAAACGAGGGAUUCUAACGUCGACGGCGGUAUUGGUGCCGAAGAUCCCGUCGUUUCCGACGAGAUUUUGAGCUCUGAGAGCAGUUUUGGCUCGCAAGUCCGCCGCGUCUACGUUUCAAAGGAUGGAGAUCAUGCAGCUAUAAUAUACAAGAAUGGGAGAAUGGAAGUUUGGGAUGUGAGAAAAAGGAAAACUAUUGGGAAAGCGAUAGGAGAGGACGAAAAUGCUGUCGUAUGUGCCGCGUGGUCACCUGAUGGCUCACGGCUAGCUUUUGGUGAGUAUAAGAACGAUGUGAAGAUUUGGGAUGUGAACGCUAGGAGGACACUUGGAAACGUAUUACUUGGGAAUGUGGGUUACAUAAUGUGCCUGGCGUGGUCGCUGGAUGGCAAGCAGUUGGCGUCAGCAGGGGCUGGCAAGACAAUACUGAUCUGGAAUCUGGAAAAUCAAAGAGUUAUGAAAGAGAUAUUUCGGGGCGAGGGUAGCAAUAUCUCCUGCAUUGCAUGGUCACCAAAUGGCUUUCAUUUGGCUUCUGGAGGUUGGGAUGACUCAGUUUGGAUCUGGAAUGUCGAGACAGGCAAGGCUGUGCAAACAGCACUGAAGGGACAUGGUGGUUCGGUCCAUUGCGUGUCAUGGUCUACAGACGGGAUGCAGCUGGCAUCUGGGGGAGCUGAUGGAACUGUUCGGGUCUGGGAUGUGAAGACCAGUGAGGCAAAGGAAAGGGUACUGUUUCAGCCCGGGAAUGCAGCCCAUUGCGUGGAAUGGUCACCGGAUGGGACUCAGCUGGCCGUUGGUGCUGCUGAUGCGAAAGUAACAAUAUGGAGAGUCGAGGACCAAAAAGCCACGAGAAGCGGUUCGUGCUUACGGAACGAUUUUGCUAGUUGCGUCUCUUGGUCACCAGAUGGAUCGCGCUUGGGGUGCUGGGGAGCAAACAAAGUAUUUCAAAUUUGGGACGUAGAGACAGGAAAAGUUAUUCAAGAGGUCAAACCAGGACGUGAAACUUUGGGAGAGCUCGGCGCAUGGUCUCCGAAUGGGUCUCGGUUGGCUUUUGGGAUUGGGAAAGAAUCAGUAGUGAUAUGGGAUUCGGAUGCUGGCAGAGUAGUAGGAGAGUCACUGAACUGCUGCGGUGUCAUUUUGUGCUUGUCGUGGUCACCAGAUGGGUCAUGGCUGGCUUCCGCUGGGGAAGGGGACGGAGUUAGGAUCUGGGAUAUGCAGACGGGUGAAGCAGUGGGAGGCAUACCGUCCGGGCAUCAAGGUUCUGUUCAAGGUGUAGGUUGGUCACCGGACGGGUCACAUCUGGCGUCUGCCGGAGUGGAUGGGACAGUCAAUAUCUGGAAAGCAAAGACUAUGAAGGCAGUUGGAGAACCAUUACGUGGGCAUAACAAAGCUGUGCAAUGCGUGGCGUGGUCACCAGAUGGAUUGCAGUUGGCAACCGGGGGCUAUGACACUACGGUACGCAUCUGGGACGUAGUGAAUGGAAAGGGCUCUGGAAUGGUUCUGGGUGAACAUGAGAGCUCGGUUAGGACAUUAGAGUGGUUACCGGAUGGAUCGAGUGUGAUCUCUGAAGCGUUGGACGGAAGGCGCGUAUGGGACGUCGCUACAGAAGAAGAAAUCGAUGAGGUGGUGACUAGCAACCUCAGAGUGCGAGGAAAGUCUGUGUUUCAUGUUACAGAAAGCGAAGAGAAAUGCCUCGCUACCCUCGACCUUGGGGAAUUUCAGCGUAAUCGUUGCUCGCCGUCAGGCCGUCACUUGACGGUAUGGGAUGGGAAGCGUCUAAUAUGGCUGGAGUUCAGCGAAUGA